AUGACAAGACCUGAUGAUGUCACUGUGGACCUGAAAGACGUCUGUAACAAGAGAGAAAAAAAUACACGACCACAUGUGAAGAAAAUCGGUAACAACCCUGGCCGUUUUGCAGAUGUCGCCCGGGUGCGACUCUCCGAGUAUUUGAGCACCGGAUACAAGAAAGGCGUGCGUCCCGUCCGUGACUGGAGGCAGAGUACUAUGGUGGAGGUUGACCUCAUGGUGUACUCCAUUCUCAAUGUGGAUGAGAAAAACCAAAUUCUCAAGACAUAUGUCUGGUAUACACAGAAAUGGACAGAUGAGUUCCUGGUCUGGGAUCCCGAGGACUUUGAUGGGGUGGAAAACAUCUCUAUGCCCACCGCAAAUAUAUGGGUGCCGGACAUCGUCAUCAAUGAAUUCCUGGACGUGGGCAAGUCUCCGGACAUCCCGUACGUGUACGUGAACUCCAACGGAAGGGUGAAGAACCAGAAGCCCAUCCAGGUGGUCACCGCCUGCACCUUGAACAUCUACAACUUCCCCUUUGACGUCCAGAACUGCAGCCUCACCUUCCAGAGUUGGCUGCACAUCAUCAAGGACAUCAACCUCACCCUGAUCCGGAGCGAGGAGGAGGUGAUGAAUGACAAGAGUGUGUUCCAGAACCAAGGCGAGUGGGAGCUGCUGCACAUCCUCACCUCCUCCAACCCCUUCAGCGUCGACGGAGACGGCUCAGAAGUCUACGCUGAGAUGAAGUUCCAUGUGGUGAUCCGGCGGCGGCCGCUGUUCUACACGGUGAACCUGCUGCUGCCCAGCAUCUUCCUGAUGGUGAUGGACGUGGUGGGCUUCUACCUGCCGCCCGACAGCGGCGAGCGCGUCUCCUUCAAGAUCACGCUGCUGCUCGGGUACUCCGUCUUCCUCAUCAUCGUCUCUGACACGCUGCCUGCCACCGCCAUCGGCACCCCCCUCAUAGGUGUGUACUUCGUGGUGUGCAUGGCGCUGCUGGUCAUCAGCCUGACGGAGACGGUGCUGAUCGUGCGCCUGGUGCACCAGCAGGAUCUGCAGCCCCGCGUGCCCUCCUGGCUCAGGCACCUGGUGCUGGAGAGGGCCGCCGCGCUGCUCUGUGUACGCGACAAGCACAAGCUCUGCUCCAGCCUGCUCACGUCCUCCCCCCUGCCCCCCUACAUGGACAACAACAUGCACCCGGGUACUGGUAGACGCACGCAUGCAUGUAACAUUGGCAGGUGACUACCUGACUACGACAGCCGUGGCAUGAGCCUGGGCCUGGGCCUCUCCAUGAGGGACCCCGCACCCCCCAUCAUGGACAGCAUCCUACAGGAGGUGGCAGGUAUCCGUCAGUACCUGGAGCGUCAGGAUGAGAGUCGCGAGGUGGCUAAGGAGUGGCUACAGGUGGGCUACGUGCUGGACGUGCUGCUCUUCAGGCUGUACCUGCUAACGCUGCUCAUAUACACCAUCACACUGGGCACACUCUGGUCUGUCUGGCAGUACGCCUGA